AUGCACCUCUACGACGUAAUCAUCGCAGGCGCCGGGCCAGUAGGCCUCUUCCUCGCCACAGAACUAGCCCGCUCAAAUCUUUCCGUCCUCGUCCUCGAAAAGGAUGCCAACCCCUUGUCUCCGUGGAAGGUAGAUCCUCUUGGGCUACGGAGUCUCAAUUCCAUAUCCCUUGAAGCUUUCUACCGUCGCGGUAUUCUCUCCAAACUUGUUGACCUUGACAAACGUCCAUCUGCGCCGUCAAAGUCUGGUGGUUUCCAGUUUGCCGGUGUUUUUGCAGGUAUUGUAUUGGACGCAAGUAGGUUCGACUUGGCGCGCUUCAAGUACCGUCUCCCUGGGCCGACACUCAUUACACUCGGCACGACAGUUGAGGAGGUUGAAGGUGUGCUGGCGCAAGAGGCAGAGAGGCUGGGCGUGACUAUUCUCCGCGGAUGUCCAUUCGCGACUGUGCAGCAGGGUGACAACGGUGUUACCGUUGGCGCUGCCGACGGCCAGAGUUACAGAGCUGGAUGGCUCGUCGGUUGUGAUGGUGGCAGAAGCGCAGUUCGGAAAGCUGCAGGAUUCGAAUUUGGCGGCACGGAUGCUUUAUUCACCGGCUACGUUUGCAAAGUCGAGCUUGAAAACGCUCAUGACCUAAAACAGGGUUUCCAACUGACCGAGGAUGGGCUGUAUAUCCUCCGAAAAAACGACGCUUUAUACCUCAUCGAUUUUGAUAAUGGCGCAUUCGACCGCGCAAACGAACCAACGCGCGAGCACAUUGAGAAGGUGUUGCACCGCGUGUCUGGAAACACCGACGUCCAGCUCGCAAAGCUGCACCUUGUGACGACCUUCACUGACCGCUGCAAGCAAGUGACGAAGUAUCGGGACAACCGCAUCCUUCUCGCGGGAGAUGCGGCCCACAUCCACCCGCCUCUGGGCGCUCAAGGAUUCAACCUCAGUAUAGGAGAUGCCAUGAAUCUAGGUUGGAAACUAGCCGCCACUGUGAAGCAGGAGCUUGAGCAUGGCACAGCAGACAUGGCCUUACUUGACACGUAUGAGAGCGAGCGGAAACAGAUUGCAGACUGGGUCAUUGAGUGGAAUAGAGCACAGAUUAUGACGAUGAAGCCUGGUGCAUAUGGAGAUGCGCUGCAGGCAGUCAUGAGGGAUGUCAUCAGUACAACUGACGGCUUGAACAUGUUUGUUGCUCGAACGUGGGGCCUGUUGCAGAGAUAUGUGCCCGACGGUGAUGCCCAUGAGUUGAUUGGGUGCAGUGCACCGGAUUUUGAGUUUGGUCAUGGGAAUCGACUGGGGAGCAUGUUGGAAACAGGGAAGGGGUUGCUGGUUGAUUUUGGUGGUGAUGCCGCGUUGAGAGAGUUGGUUGGAGGCUAUGACGGUAGAGUUGAGUACAUCAAUUUCGAGGCCAAAGAUAAGAUAGGGUUGAGAGCGUUGUUAGUUCGACCUGACGGGAUUGUCGCGUGGGCGGUUGAUGAUGACGGCGAGCUUGACUUGGCUAGUUUGAAACAUAGUCUCACAAAGUGGUUUGCAGUUUGA